AUGGUGGAGUCGUUUUCAUCUUCGUUAAUACCCGGCUUAGCCGAUGACGUAGCAGAGUUGUGCCUCUCGCGAAUCCCACGCUCUAGCUUUCAGAUCAUUUCUCAGGUGUGCUGGCGAUGGAGAAGAUUCCUCAGGAGCGAGCGUUACGAGACCGUUCGAAAGAUGACGGGAUCAGUGGAGGAGUUAAUGUGUGUUCUAGUGGAUCACCAGUACUGGGAAGUUUAUGAUGGCUCCGGUAACAAACUGGGAUGGAUCCCUCCCGUCCCUGGGCCUAUUAACUGUAGUUUUGGCCAUGCAGUGCUCGAUGGCCGAAAGAUCAUGGUCUUCGGUGGACAAUCUGGGAGGGCUGUUUCGGCAGAUGUUUACGAGUUCAAUCCUGCUAGUAACAAGUGGAGAAAAUUGGCGGACAUGAACAUGCCCCGUUACAACUUUGCAUAUGUUAUAGUGGACGGCCUUGUGUAUGUGAUCCGAGGCUAUUCCUCAUUUCAUGCUAGCAUUCCCAACGCGGAAGUAUAUAACCCGAAAACUAACAAAUGGAGCCUCAUGGAUUGUCCACACCGCCCCAACUUUCAUGGCAUGGCAUUCUCUUUCAAUUCCAAACUCUUCGUUGUAGACAAUGAAUCGAGUAUCAUUGACAUAUAUGACCACAAAACGGAGACAUGGGAAGAGUUAGACUCCGGGCAAUCACUGUCGGUGUACUCCUACACUAUUAUUAGGAACAAAGUGUAUUUCUUAAACUGGUUCAGGCCGGGAAUGGGAGUGUUUGAUCCAGAGAAGAAUUCUUGGAGCUCGGUAUUUGUGCCUCCUACGAAUGAGGGUGGUUUAAGGUAUUAUCUAGGGCAAUGGAACAAUAAAGUUAUCCUGUUUUCACGGGAACAUGAGGCCUUAAGUGGUGACCUUGAUAAAGAGGACGCGUCCAAGUGGAGAGCCACACGAAUUAGACCAUAUGGUCAUCACUCCACCAGUGUUCUCAUCAACAUUUGA